AUGGAUAACUUAGUCAGCAUUUACAAGAGCAUGGAAGUUGCCUCUGGAGUCAAUAUAUAUGUCAGUCAAACUGCAACUUUAACCAAAUUAUCAGAUGAAGAGAACCAACAAGAUCCUCGUAAAAUUUGUGGGAUCCAAGAUAAUGGAAAAUCUCCCAUGGAGACUAUAGACCUUGAAAAUCAGAAAAGACGUCAAAGAAAAGGAUCGAAAAGACCAUUGAAGAGUGACCAGAAAGAUUUUGGUUCAGAUUUAAUGAAACCUUCCUUUCCUACUAAGAAACGGGUUCAGUUACCUAAGCAUCUAUCUUUAGAGAGCCCGACGCAGCCUGAAAAGCUGGAAGGUAGAACUAAUGAAGUAUCCAUAAAUGAACCUCAGAAACCUCAUCCCAUACAGAAAGACAUGCCCAUUGUAAAUGAAAAGGGGGAUCCUGUUUUUACUCCAUUCUUCUGGCUGAGAGAGGAAGAGCAUGUAGAGAAAUCAAGUCAAUAUUCAGAUGAGGACAAGCUCAUUGAUACACCGCCAGAUGUUCCUUGUUUCAGUGAUAUGAAGGACUCGGAUGAUGAAGUCCCCAGUAAAAUAAGCCCAAAAGGGAAAACUUGUAUUUUAUCGAACAACACAGAUUUCAUUGACAGCGAGAUGUUUGAAUGGACUCAAAGGCCUUGCUCUCCUGAACUUUAUUCAAGCCCCAUAGAAAUGCAGGUUGAAGAUACUGAAGAGCGUGGUGCAGUUGAGGCUGAAGCUGCCUCAGCAAAUGAAACUACCCGUUUAAAGCUUAAACCUAAGAAGAGAGGAAAAAAGGGUAAUGGAAAGGGGUCUGGCGAAGUAAACUCUAGCUUUCCAGCUUCAUCUUCUCCCUUGAGCAAAAUCUUACACAAUAAACCUGGAAUGCGGAAGCCUAGCAGAAGAGUUAGUAACAUGACUGGAAGUAGUAAAAGUAAGAAAUCCUUGAGAAGUAUGUGUGAAGUAACUGAAGAUCCCAAUCAGUUACAGAACGUAACUGAGCAAAAAAUGCAAGCGAAAACGGGCAAGAAGAAAAAAGCUUCGAAUUUGAGGGUGAAAAACUGUGUAAACAACCAAAAUGAUUGCUCCGAGGCUAAUAUACAUGGGAGAACUCAAGAAAGCAUUGCCACUUUAUCUGAUGGGGUGGAGCCUUUGACCAUGGGCAAUAAAACAGCAUUGGCUGACUUUUCAGCUUCAUUAAAUCAGCAAGAAUGCAGUGCAGAAAGUCAUCACCUGAAGAAAUGUUGCAAAAGCUAUAAAAACUGUGAGAAGACAAUUGCUUAUCCACAGAUAGACAGUGAUAGAUCAAAAGCUAGAAAGUUGAAAACUGGCGUGGCAAAUCGAAGAUGUGAAAAAAAUUGUAACAACCGUUUAAGACAUCUGAAGAAGGUGAAAUUUUCUGAAGACGUGUCUGAGGCAAAUUAUGAAGACAAUCCUCAAAAUCUUCAGAAAAAGGCUAUGAUGGAAAGUCAAACAUUUGGAAAUUUAGGAGCAAACCAUGAUUGUGUUCUUUCUGACAAUCCAUCAAAAGCGGAGAAGGCUGUCUCCGCUUUGAGUGGUGUGCUUUUACAAAAAUGUGGGACAUCAACUAACAAAUUCCAGUGCGCUUUCUGUCAUUCUGCUGAAGAAUCGGAGGCUUCGGGGGUCAUGGUUCACUACCUUAAAGGCAAGCUCGUCGCAGAAAGUCAGAAUGGAAGUUCAGAUAUCAUACAUGUGCACAAGAAUUGUACUGAAUGGGCCCCUAAUGUGUUUUUUGAAGAUGAUUGUGUGAUCAACCUUGAAGCUGAAAUGGGAAGAAGUAGACGGAUUAAAUGUUGUUGUUGUGGAAUUAAAGGGGCAGCUCUAGGGUGUUACGAGAAGAGUUGCCGCAAGAGCUUUCAUGUUCCUUGCGCUAAGUUGACUCCAGAAUGUCGAUGGGAUUAUCAAAAUUUUGUCAUGCUUUGCCCUCUGCAUGCGUCCUGUCAAUUGCCGAAUGAAAUGUUGGGAUCUCAGUCCAAGCAGAAAAGAAAAUCUGUAGCUGAAAGGCAGUCUCACAUUCACCAACCACAAGUCACUAAAAAUCGUGAAAGUACCACAACUUUGCAAUGGAGAUGUCAUGGAAAAACUAAAAACUUGGUUCUCUGCUGUUCAACUCUCACUGAUGUGGAGAAGGAAACUGUCUCUGAAUUUGCAAAGUUGUCUGGAGUUACUAUAUUGAAGAGCUGGGACUUGAGUGUUACACAUGUCAUUGCAUCUACAGAUGAGAAUGGGACAUGCAGACGAACCCUCAAAUUUUUAAUGGGCGUCUUAGAAGGGAAAUGGAUUCUGAGUAUUGAAUGGAUUAAAGCCUGCAUGAAAUCCGGAGAGUUUGUUGAUGAGCAGCAUUAUGAGAUUGGGGUUGAUAUUCAUGGAAUCAGAGAUGGCCCAAGACUUGGAAGAUUAAGGCUUAUAAACAAGCAACCAAAGCUCUUUGAUGGAUUCAAAUUCUUCUUUAUGAGUGACUUUGAACCUUCAUGUAAAGGUUAUCUUCAUGAUCUCGUGAUAGCAGCUGGGGGAAAAGUUUUAAGCAGAAAGCCUGUUUCAGGAGAUGAGGCAAUUCUUCCUCUCAGACCCUCUGUGUCAACUACCUUUAUAAUUUACAGCCUUGAGCUUCCUGAGAACUGCAAGGCAGCCAAUAGAAAUUUGAUUUUGAACGACAGACGAAAUAAUGCCAAGUUUUUAGCAAGUUGCACUGGAGCUGUGGUAGCAAGCAAUUCGUGGAUUAUGAACUCCAUUGCUGGCCAUAAGUUGCAAAAUCUUGCAGAUUAA